AAAGUAAAAGAUCUAAAGAAGUGAAGCAGAAGAGUUCUACUAGUCUGCCUUUCUUUGCUUUCACUGCUGUUUUUCUGACUUUGUUUUUAAUUCAUUCAAAAUGGCGAGCUCAGUCGAGAAGGAAACUCAGACGGGUGCCCAGGACGAAGUUGUCUCAGUAGAACUCCCUGCUCCUCCUGGCUGGACAAAAAAGUUUAUGCCCAAGAAAGGAGGGACACCAAAGAAGAAUGAGAUCAUUUUCAUUGCUCCAACCGGGGACGAGAUCAGUAAUAAAAAACAGCUGGAACAAUACCUCAAGUCACACCCUGGUGGUCCUGCAGUAUCCGAGUUUGAUUGGGGAACUGGUGAGACACCCAGGAGAUCCGCAAGAAUCAGCGAAAAGGUCAAGGCAACUCCACCACCGGAACCCGAGCCUCCAAAGAAACGAAGCAGGAAAUCACCUGCAGGUUCGAAGAAAGAAACUAAGGAGACAGAAGAGAAGAAAGAAGAUAAUAUCAUGCAAGAUGCUGAGAUGUCUGAAAAGAAUAAUGAGGAAACAAAGAAAGAGGAUUCUGUUGGCAAGGAAAUUCAAGGUGGGAAUGAAGACAAAACUCAUGAAGAUACACAGCCAACCAAGAAGUGUAGUACUGAAACAGAAGAAGAUGCACUGGAAGGAACCCCAGUUGAGAAAAAGAUUGAAAAUGACACUGAGGUAAUCAAAAAAGAUACUACAGGUACAGAAGCUGAGUCAGCUGAAAAGGUCCAAGAAGAGAAGGAAAUUCAAAUGUCAGAUGCAGCAGCAGUGGCCACCAUGGAUGAUGCUAAAGAAGAAAUUAAAAUGGAGGAACAGGUCCCAGAAAAGGUGGUGCAGCCACAAGCAGCAGCUGAGAAAACUGAUGGACCAGAUCAUGGGGAACAAGAGAAACCAGAGGAAAUGAGCAGUGAAGUGGAGCCAGGAGAAAAAGAGAAACUCAACAAAAGUGCAGCUGAAACUGUGGAAGAGAUCAAGGAGAAACAAGCAGCGAAUGGAAACAAUGAGGAACAAAUCUCGACAGUUGAAGAGAAAGGCAAGAAGACGGAGGGGGAAGUGAUGGAGAAUGGCAGCCGAAACAGUGAGGUUGGUGAGUCCAAGCCUCGAGAGGUUAAUCAAAUGGGGCGAGUUGAUGCCCAGCAGCCUCCUACCCCCUCAGCAGUGAGCUGCUGAGUGUCUUUCUCCCUUUACUGUCCAUGGCCUCUUCUGCCCCUUCUUGGGUUCGUUUGGAUGACUGUAAUAUUAAUGUUGAUGUUGGAUCUGAUUUAUACAUGUACCUUGGUAGGGUAGGCCUUUGAUGCAGCAAGUAAUGUUGCAUUUAGUUGAUGUUAAUUGUACCUUUUUUGGUUCCUUGUAAGAGAUGUUAAUUGUACUUUGUAGUGAUCCCUGUAAUAGUAGGUUUCUGACACAUCUGAUAUGUUCUG